UCGAUCGUUCGAAAAGGAAACUGUUUUUGAAAACGCUGUCCCCGACCGUGCCACUCUAUCUCCGCAACUUUAGAUUUUUGAAUUUUGUUUUCAGAAAGAAAAAAAAAAUCGGGGAAGAAGGAGGAUGUACGACCCGCAGCACUUCCUGGAAUCGCAAGACAAUUCGAGGAAUUUCGGGGACCCGAAAUCGUGGCUUUCCGGGGAUGCCAACUCGUCCCCGACUCACCUCCCUACUCAGUCCUCACUCGCUCACUCCUCCACCGCCACCAACAGCAAUCUCGAUCGCGUCCUCUUCAAAGACCUCGUCGAGAUCGUGCCUCUCGUCCAGUCCCUCAUCGAUCGGAAAGCUAGCAGUUCGUUUACGCGGCGGGGUUCGGUGGCCUACACCAAGACACCUUCAAGAGAAUCCUUAUCCAAAAAAGUUGAACAGAAAGGGAGGAAUGCGGCUCAAUCCAUUCCCGCGAGAAAGAAGAGGGAUCAUGGAGACAAGGACUCAAGCAAAAAUGCUGGCAGCCUUGAUGCUGACAGCUUUUCAAGUUUUUCCUCAAGGGCUUCGGCAGCAGAAAAAGAAGAGUUGGAUACAUUAAGGGUACAAGUGGAAGAUUUACAAAAGAAAGUAGCAGAGAAGGAGGAACUUUUAAAGUCAUCAGAGAUCUCAAAGGACCAAAUGAAUGCUGUUCAAGCAAAACUAAAUGAAUAUAAGCAACAAGUUGCAGAAAAAGACACAGUAAUAAAGGCUGUUAAGCAACAACUCUCUGAUGCAAAGAUUAAGCUUGCAGACAAGCAAGCUGCUUUGGAAAAGUUACAGUGGGAAGUGAUGACAUCCAACAGGAAAGUGGAGAAGCUCCAAGGAGAGCAAGACUCCUUGAAAGGACAGAUUUCAUCAUUUAUGCUCCUAUUUGAAAGCUUGAUGAAAGCUGAUCCCGUUGUAUACGGUGAAGAUUAUGAUAUUUCAAUGAAUACUGUGGAUCAUCUUCCUCACAUUGUAAGUUCACAACCCUGUCCCUUGGAUAUGGUGGAUGAUUUGGAUGAGGCACAGAUGAAGAAAAUGGAAGAAGCUAGAAGAGCAUACAUCGCUGCUGUUGCCGCUGCAAAAGAAAAGCAAGACGAAGAAUCUAUUGCCGCUGCAGCCAGUGCAAGGUUACAUCUUCAGUCAUUUGUUCUCACAUGAUUUAGGUUUAGCGCCACUAGGUAUUUACCGGCUUUGCGUUGCGGUGAGUCUGCUUGAAUUAUUGUUUAUUGUUGUAUAUUUUCAUUUUAUUUCUUCCCUUUUGCUGGGUUAUGUGAAAUGUGAGUCUUUCCUUUCUUGUUUAUCUAGUUUUCGGGAUGAUAUACGUGAUUUUUCUUGAUAAUUGUAUGUGAUUUCUCCCUCGCACGAAAUGAAAAUCGAAUUUCUUUUCUGAAAA